GUUGAAUAAAAAAAUAGAUCAUGCUCAAACACUACUAUAAUGCAUAUGGUUUUGAUUAGGCACCCAAAUAAACACAAAUUAGUAAAACUUUUGUUAAACUAAUAUUUUUUCCUCUCAAUGAGUUAUGUUUUUAAAUCCAUUUUGCACAAGUGGCACGUUUAAAAAUAAAAUUUAAAAAAUUGAUAAUGUUUUUUAUGAGCAAAUUGGGGCCCAGCAGAAACACUGUGGUAAGAUGAGACCCCCUCACACAUUACCUGCUGAAGUAUUCAGAUAUGUCAUCUUCCCUCGUCUUUCUGAAAUAAAAGGGUGUCCUGUGUCUUUUGACUCACACUGUAUUACAUGAAUAUGGACACACAUUUGUCCGUUUUUUUUUAUAAUUAGAAAAAAAAAUUGCAAAUGUGUAAUCAGGAGUCAGGCCUUUCCUUCACUCCCAGAAUAAAAACCCUUUAAAAAGUUUAAUUUUCACAUCCAAAUCAAACCAUCUUCAUCACGUUUUGAGUUACUUUAUAAAUUUCUUUUUCAGAUGAAACAUGCCACCGCCCCAGCAGAAGCAAACGUGUCAGAAAACAUGUCUCCUUACCUCCUGUGUUUCUUUGGAGGCUCUCCUAAUAUUUUCAGUGAUUUAUCUGUCACUUAGCUGGGAGGAUAUUGUUGGAGAGAGUUCUACUCGAAGUCUGACCCGUGGCCUUAGUGGCGACAUGCUUGAUGACUGUGGAUCGAACGUUUUUGUUCUGGACGACGAGGUUGCAAGGAAAAAAUGGGACACCUGCUCAGCCAAUUUUAGUCGAGCCCGGAGCAGUUCAGAGCGAAACCUGAGCAGACCAACACACACACACAUGGAGAAGCAUCACUCGCUGGCUUUGUACCUGUUCACGAGUACAAUGCUACAACCUGUUGAUAACUUUGAGUCUGCAGAAAGAGCUUCAGAACUAAACAGGAUGUUUGAGCCUUUGUCCCUUUAUUCCUCCCUGAGUCAAGCUGUUCAGAUCUUAAAACACGAUCAGAUGACAUGUCUGAAAACAAACUACAGAACAGAAACUGUCUUACAGCACAACAUCUCUGGCAAACAAGCUCGAUUCAGCACCUUUAUUUUAGGUUAUGACCAGUGGAAUUUUGCUGGAAACGUUUCGUGUUUCGAGAUACACUCAUGUUUUGGCGCCAACGUAACGCCAUACUCUUCCUUAAAACACAUGAACCAAGUCCUGAUCCCAUCAUACGAGGUUUUUAUGGUCACUCAAGUCCUGAAACCAACAGAAAUAUGUAAAGUCACCUUUAAACUCAGAAGCAACAUGAACUGUGUUUAUGACAGAGAGAACAACAAAUUGCAUUCAAUAACUGCAUUACCAAUGGAGGGAGUCUGGCUCAUUUUUACAAUUAUUUGUCUCGUAAUUAUGUCUGUUUUACUACCCUGUGUUGUUUGGAAAUUACAUGAUAAGAUGAACAAAGCCUACAGAGUUUCAUCUUUGUAGCACAACAAUUUAACUUUAGUUUACUUUUCAUUAUAAAUAAGAGAAUAAAAUAAAAGCUAUGUAAAUAAACAAAAGAAUUGAAAAACAUUUUCCCCCUUUAUUUAAUUUUCCAUUCAGUGUCAUUGUAGGACAUAGUUCUCACCAUGCAAUCAAGCAUGCUGGAAGUUUACUGCUAAAUAUGGUGGACAACAAAGUGUAAGUGCUUUUAUCUAUACCCCGAUUUAGCAAAGUGGAAAAAAAAACUGUUUAUUAAAGCGUAGCAAGUUUGUAAUUGCAGCUGAAAGUACAACAUCCAGCAGAGGAUGAACUUUGAACCAAAUAACAUGAGUACUUGACCAAUAAUGGUGUCUUUACUUUUACAUAAAUUUACUAAAUUACGUUUGUUAAGUUUGUUUUUGGCUUAUUAAUAAACUAUAAAAUUAGUUUUAAACGCACCCCAAAACAAUCAAACAAAAUGAAAAGAUUUACAGUAAGUGGGGCUUUUGAAGACUGUCUCCAAAUCAAAUUCAACUCAUGGCCCACCACGCUUUCUUUUUUUUUUUUUAAGUCUGUCCCUGCUGUUGUGGAAUCGAUCAAAAUGUUACUGGUUUAGGGAAUCUCCCCUUAUUGGAUUAGAAACCUCUACAUUUAAAAUACAAUACAUAAAUAGAGAAGAAUUAAUCUUUAACCACAAGACUAAUAUUUAAUUAGCACAAAAAAGUAAAGAAAUUAUUGCUUGGUAGAUUUCUCUGUUCUGCAUUUUUACAAUUAAAUGUAUACCGUACUUGUGCCAA